AGAGCAGUGAGGCGAAGACGGAGCGAGGAGGAGGAUAACUGAGGAGGAGGAGGAUAACAAGAAGGAGGAUAACGACGAGAAGAGGAGGAGGAUAACGAGGAGGGGGAUAACAAGGAGGAGGGGGAUAACGAGGAGUAUAACGAAGAGAAGAAGAGGAUAACGAGGAGGAGGAGGGCGACUGCAGCCGGCACCGAACCUCCCCUCAGCCUCAGCCGUCGCCGCCGCGGGCGAGCGCAUCGGGAGCUGAAAGGGACCGAAGGCCCCGGGGAGCUUGAGGGGAAGACGACGACGAAGAAGAAGAAGACGAAGACGCCGGAGAGGGAGGGCGGAGGAGGAGGAGGAGGAGGGGAGAGCAGAGACCCUGGACGCGGGCGAGAGGCAGGAGCCGAGCCCACGGCGCUCGGGCUCCCACGGGCGGCCGUCAUGAGCUGGGGCACCGAGCUGUGGGACCAGUUUGAGGGCGUGGAGCGGCACACGCUGUGGGGCGUGGAGUUCCUCGAACGCUUCUCCAAGUUCGUGAAGGAGCGUGCCGAGAUCGAGAUCGGAUACGCCAAGCAACUGCGGAGCCUGGUGAAGAAAUAUCAGCCGAAACGCAACUCGAAGGACGAGGAUGAGUACAGGUUCUCAUCGUGCCGGGCGUUCCUGGCGGUGCUCAGCGAGCUGACGGACUACGCGGGUCAGCGCGAGGUGGUGGGGGAGUGCCUGUCGGGCGCCGUGGUGGUGGAGCUCUUGCGCUACACGCAGGAGCUCAAGACCCAGCGCAAAGCCCUGGUUCACGAUGGACGAAAGGCUCAGCACCACGUGGAGAGCUGCCUCAAGCAAAUGGAGACGAGCAAGAAGAAGUUUGAGCGCGACUGCAAGGAGGCGGAGAGGUCGCUGCAGAACUUUGAGAAGCUGGACUGCGACAUCAACGCCACCAAAGCCGACGUUGAGAAGGCGAGGCAGAACUCGACGCUGAGGCGCACGAUGGCGGACGAGAGCAAGAGCGAGUACGCGUCGCAGCUGCAGCGCUUCAACACGGAGCAAAAGGAACACUACCAUGGCGUCAUGCCCAAAGUGUUCCAGGGUCUGCAGACGCUGGAGGAGGGCCGCAUCGUGCGGCUGGGCGACGCGGUGAAGCAGUUUGCUGAGUCGGAGCGCCGCGUGUUGCCCAUCGUCGCCAAGUGCCUGGAGGGCAUGACCCGGGCCGCCGACGCCAUCAACCACGGCAAUGACUCUCAGCUCGUGAUAGAGAUGUGCAAGUCCGGCUUCGAGCGCCCGAGCGACGUCGACUUUGAGGACUUCAGCCAGUACAUCGGCAAAGCCUGGCCCGAAGCGUCAGGCAGCGGAGGCGGCGGAGGCGGCGGCGGCGGGGGCGGCGGCGGUGGCGGUGGGGGCGGUGGAGGCGGCACGCUGACGUCGGCACAGCGCUCCGACGGACGUCCCGACAUACGGGGCAGCGUCGGCCGCUCCAAGACCAAGCUGUGGCUGUUUGCCAAGAAGAGCAAGUUGGCAUCCCUCCUCCCCACCCCGGGUGCCCCUCCUCCUCCGCCCCCCCCUGCCCAUUCCGACGGCCACCCCGACCUGGAGGCAGCCCCUCCCUCGCCCUCCCCCCCCGGCUCCCCGACCUCCUGCCUAUCGGGGGGAGGGGGCGACUCGCCCCCCAGCUACCCCCGAGAACCCUGGCUCAGCGUGGGGGGCCCCCGUUCUCCCCGAAUCUCUUCCCCCCGCUCGCCGGGCGGUGGGGGUGGUGGGGCCGCCACCCUUUCAGGCCGAAUCUCCGGCUUCCUAUCGGGCCGGCUGGGGUCGCGACCCCUCGCCAAACCCUCCAGCCAGGCCGCGCCCGUGCCGUGCGAGGACCAGAGCCACCUUCCCCCCGAGCAGCGGCGCAAGAAGCUGCAGAGCAAAAUCGACGACUACAACCGCGACAUCCAGAAGGAGGUGGAGCAGAAGGAAGCGCUGCACAAGAUGAAGGAUGUGUACGCGCGGAACCCGCAGAUGGGAGACCCCUCCAGCCUGGAGCCCAAGCUCAGCGAGAUCGGCCAUCGCAUCGACCGCCUGCGCCAAGGCCUGCAGAAGCACGAGACGUGGCUGGCGGAGGCCGAGGGCCGUGCGGUGGGCAAGGCCGACACGCCGCGGCGUCACAGCAGCGUGCUGUUCGAGCAGGCGGGGUCGCCCAGGUCGGGAUCGGCCAACGGGCCCAGCGCUCGCGAGAGCAGUCCCGACGGGAGCUACACGGAGGACCACAGCCACAGCGGCGGGCACACGGACUUCGACGACGAGUUCGACGACGACGCGCCGGCUAUCGGGCGCUGCCGGGCUCUCUACACCUUCGACUCGGAGAACGACGGCACGGUGCCGCUGCACGAGGGCGACUCGCUCGACGUGCUGGAGGAGGACCGCGGGGACGGCUGGACGCGCGUCCGGCACGGCGAGCGCGAGGGCUACGCGCCCACCUCCUACCUCGAGAUGCUGCCGCCCGACCCCGGCACCUCGGGCCAUACUUCACCCGAAUCCGCCGGGCAGGGCGCCAUGACCUACAUUUGAGCGACGACGACCGCCACCGCCACCACGGGCCCGGCGCUUUGCUCCCGGGAGCGGGCGGCGAAGUUGACGCGGGACAGACGAAUUCUGGGAGGUCUCGCCGCGGUUCGCGUCCGCGCCGUGAGGUUUUUACCGAGACUCCCGUCGAAAGGGG